GACACUCGCUUGUCUGCGUCAACGGUAUAAAUUCUGUCGGUCUCGCACAAACACGCAGAAGAAAGGAAGUUUCUUCUCCAUCGGGUCGGUGUGAAGUUUUGGCAACGCCACCAAUCCUUUGCCGUCUAUUUAUUUCAAGCCAAACCUCAAUUUCAUUCAGCUUCGUCAUGAUGCAGCUCAGCGACGCGCACUGCAACAAGCACUCGCUGCUCAACGUGAUGAACCGCUUUAUCGCCGCGGCCAACAACAUGGACGAAACCAUCAUGGUGCCAAGCUUACUACGUGAUGUGCCUCUGGAGGAACAGGAGAGUCAAGCCUCUGUUAGCCAAAACAAUAACGAGCCGUCUUUCCCCAGCAAACAGAGGGAUAUGUAUGAGCACUACCUGCUGCUGAAGUCCAUUAAGAAUGACAUGGAAUGGGGCCUGCUGAGGAGAGAGAUGGGCGGCAGUGCCAGCUUCCUGGAAAUGGCUGUGAAGCAAGAAGGCCCACAGCAGCAGAUAAAUGGAGAUGUUGAGGACUGCCCGGACCUGGAGAGCGAGUUCCACUAUCAUCUCCAUGGACUGUUUGGGGUACUGUCGAAGCUUACGGUUCAGGCUGACCACCUCACGAAUCGAUACAAGAGAGAAAUUGGUGGUGGUAGCCUGUUGCGAUAGGAGUAAAAGUGGACAAUUCUUGAACUGUUGGAUUGGGAAAUUGGGCAGCAGCUGACUAAGGGCUUUAGAUUCUUCUCUGCCAUCAAUGGGGUCUUUCUUUUUUCGAGUUGCGCACAAAUCUUGGUGCUUUUAUGGUUCCAAGUUAAAGGGCUGUGGGGGGGUAUUUAGUUUUUAAACUGAUCAUUUCAGUGGACUAUAUCGAUUCUGGUUAGACCCUAGAUCUUCUUUCCCUCUAUACGCCUGGUCAAAAAGCCCUUGACACGUCAAAGCUAUGGAAGAAUAGGAAUGCUGGUAAUUCUGUUCUUCUUUGUCUAGUCCAUGCCUUUUUUAAUCAGGGGAUUUUUAUGUAUUAAUGCUGCUCUCGUGCACAUGUCCAUGCAAAAUGGCGUGCCUUCUGUUUGCGGUUCCCACUUGUGCUGUUCAAGUAUGUAUGCUUGCCAUGCAUAGUAUCACUUUGAACAGGGCCCAUGAUGUGUUUGUAAUGCCACUUGUCUCGUUUGUCCUAAAAGAUUUCAAAUUUUAUAUUCUGUAAUAUAGUGACUUAUUAAUAAAGAAUUAACUUAAAUUGUA